CUCUUUGUUUUUUAAUCUUGGCUGCUGAGUCUUCUCCUUUUUAUGUUCCAAAGUAAGCACGGAAACUAACAUGGCACAACUUAAGGCUUUAUUUCUACAUUUCUAAAGUGAAAACAGGAAGAAAAAAAGCACUCUGGACUGAACAUUUGGACUGCGUGGCACCAUCUUCCUCUCUGAAAGCCACCAUGGAGCCCCUGGACCAGAACUACUGGUUCCCCCUGGCAUCAGACCUGAACUACUCCUCUGCAGCCACUCCCUCUCCCUACUUCUACUCCUACCCCCGCCUCUUCAACAUCUCCUCCAACCUGUCCACGCAGAGUGUCCCCUUCCACGGCAGCAGCACCUUGAUGACGGCGGUCAUCUCCCUCACGGUCUUCAUGGUGGGGCUGACAGGCAACACGCUGGCCAUCUACGUGGUGCUGCGCUACGCCAAGAUGAAAACAGUCACCAACAUCUACAUCCUGAACCUGGCCGUGGCCGAUGAGCUCUACAUCAUCGGCCUGCCCUUCCUCACCACGCAGAACGUGCUCUCCUAUUGGCCGUUUGGCAACUUCCUGUGCCGCGUGGUCAUGACGGCGGACUCCAUGAACCAGUUCACGUCUAUUUUCUGCCUGACGGUCAUGUCCAUCGACCGGUACCUGGCGGUGGUUCAUCCGAUCCGCAGCACCAAGUGGAGGCACCCCCGCGUGGCCAAGGUGGUGAGCGCAGCGGUGUGGGCCGUGUCCUUCGUGGUGGUCCUGCCGGUGGUCAUCUUCUCUGAUGUUCAGGACACGUUUAACUCCUGCAACAUGAACUGGCCAGAGCCGAAGAACGUGUGGUCGACAGCCUUCAUCCUCUACACCGCCACGGUGGGUUUCUUCGGCCCGCUGCUCAUCAUCUGCCUCUGCUACCUGCUCAUCGUUAUCAAGAUGAAGUCGUCAGGUGCGCGAGCGGGAUUCACCAAGCGGCGGCGCUCGGAGCGUAAGGUGACGCGGAUGGUGGUGGUGAUCGUGGUGGUGUUUGUGCUCUGCUGGCUGCCGUUCUUCAUCAUCAACAUGGUGAACCUGGUGGUCAUCAUCCCAGAGUCCAGCGUCACCGCCGGCAUCUACUUCUUCGCCGUCAUCUUGUCCUACGCCAACUCCUGCGCCAACCCGGUGCUCUACGGCUUCCUGUCGGACAACUUCAGACAGAGCUUCAGAAAAGUAGGUAGAAGGUGCUAA